GCUGCUCGCGAAGCAGCAAACUGGUUAAAUCCUUUCCUAGAGAGCCCAACCCUCUCCCGACCGGGAAUCCUCCCCAGGUUUUGCCUUCCUCUUCCCCACCUCCCCACCGGCGAGCGGGUGUCCUUGGAGCCGGCCGGCAGCGGGGGAGCGGGACGGGGGGAGCGGGGCUCCUGGCCGGCCAGCCCCGCCAUGCGGGUCCCCCUGCCCGCCGUGCGGGUCCCCCUGCCCGCCCUGCUCUGCUGCUCGGCCGCCAGCCUCCUGCUGCUGCUGCUGCGAUGGCGGCGGCGAAGGGGGCUCUGGCAGAAGGUGAAGGAGGCUCAGCGGCGGCAGGAGCGGAGCUUGGUGCGGAUGGAGAAGGCGGUUCAGCGCUUUCGGGAGCAGCAUCCUUCUGUGAACACGGUCUCCAUCCUUUCUCUGCCUUUGCCGGAGCUGUCCAAGAAACUCCAGGAUGGCUCCCUCCCUCCAGAGCAUGUCUUCUAUGCCUACGUGAGCAAGGCCCUUCAAAUCGCCACAGAAACCAACUGCAUCACGGAGUAUCUGGAGGAAAGUGAGACCCAGCUCCCCAAAGCAAAGCUGGCAGACAAGCUAGGUCUGCUCUACGGGGUACCUGUCAGCAUCAAAGACUCCAUUGACUGCCAGGGUCAUGAUUCCACCUUAGGGUUUAUAAAAAACCUCAAUAAACCUGCAGCAGAGGACAGCGUGGUGGUGCAGGUGCUCAGGAGACAGGGAGCAAUUCCAUUUGUCAAAACCAAUGUUCCUCAGUCCCUCAUCAGCUAUGACUGCAAGAACUUAAUCUUUGGUCAGACGUUCAACCCUCUGCUCUACACCAGAAGCCCCGGAGGCUCCUCUGGUGGAGAAGGGGCACUUGUAGGAGGAGGUGGAUCCAUCUUGGGCUUUGGUACGGAUGUAGGAGGGAGCCUGCGUUUCCCUGCUGCCUUCUGUGGGAUCUGUGCACUCAAACCCACUGGGAACAGACUCAGUAAAAAAGGAAUCAUAUCUGGUGUCCUUGGGCAGAAGGCAGUGGUCGCAGCAGUGGGGCCAAUGGCAAAAGACGUGGAAAGCCUGGCACUGUGCAUGCGGGCGCUCCUGUGCGAGGACAUGUUCAGCCUGGACAGCACAGUGCCCCCCCUCCCCUUCAAUGAAGAGGUGUAUUCCAGCACACAGCCCCUCCGCAUUGGCUACUAUGAAACUGAUUUCUUCACCAUGCCAAGUCCUGCCAUGAGACGUGCUGUUCGGGAGAUGAAGCAGAUGUUGGAGGAUGCUGGCCACACGCUGGUGCCCUUUGAACUCAUGAAUGUGGACUACGUAAUCUUCAACUUCUGUGUCAGGGGAAUGUUUGCAGAUGGGGGUGCAUCCUUCCUCAGGAAAUUCAAAGGGGAGCUGGAGAAAAGCAGCAUGGGGCUGUUCUUCUGGUUGGCGAAGUCACCAAAUUGGCUUAAAAGUGUCCUCUCCUGGAUCGCCAAACCCUUCGUACCUCGAUUUUCGGGUAUCCUAAGAAGCAUGAGAGCAAACACAGUGGAUGAAGUCUGGAGUCUUCAUCAUGAAAUUGAGGAGUUUUGCCACCAGUUCAUUGCCCAGUGGAAAAAGUUGAAUCUGGACGUCAUGCUUUGUCCCAUGCUGGGCCCAGCUCUCCGCAUCGGCUACCCUGGGAAGCUCUCAGUGGCAGUCAGCUACACCAUGCUCUACAACACCCUGGACUUCCCCGUCGGCGUGGUCCCUGUUACAGAAGUGACAGACAAGGAUGAGGAGGAGCUGAAGAGCUACCAAGGCUACUUCCAGGACUGGUGGGACCGGACCCUGGCAAAGGCUUUCCACGGCAGCGUGGGGCUGCCCGUGGCCGUGCAGUGCGUGGCCUUGCCAUGGCAGGAGGAGCUGUGCCUUCGGUUCAUGAAGGAGGUGGAGAUGCUCGCCCUGAAGAAAAACAGCCUCUUCUGAGUCCCGUGUGCUCACCCGGAGCAGAAUCCCAGAGAACAUCAGCACAGGUCAUCCUUUUGUCUGACUGGCCCACAGGACUCGUGCUCCCCUCUGUGAGGAUGCGGUGAUGGCUGGGCUGGCUGCUGGCUUUGGUGUGCAAGGGGAAGCAGAGGAGAGCUUCGUGGUGACAGCACUUCCAAUCAUUGUCCUAAUACAGUAUUUUUUUGUUAUCAGAAA